AUGCGCUUUGACCACGCAAGUGACGUCACGCUUUUUGACAGCGAAUCCCUUUUGCAUCCCACCAUCAUCAUGGUCAUGGCGCAGACCGGAAACAAGUCCCGGGCCAGAGCGCCUCGAGCCGCUCUCCGGGGCACCCGGAAUCUCACUCUAAAGGAUACAGCUAUAGAUCUUGCGAACUCGAAUGCGACUGGUCUACCCUCCCUUCCCAUCGAAUUGCUAUUCGAGAUCACCGACUACUUCGCGAAGGUAUUACCGACUACUCCCGCAGAAGAGCUCUACACAUACCCGUCUCCAAGGACACAUCUUGACCGAAGAGAUGUACUGGUUGCGCUGUCACAAACCUGUCGUGCUAUGCGGGAGAAUACGUUGCCAAUACUUUGGAGGGAUAUUCAGGCCUUCGCAUCGACCACAAGCAUCUCUACCAAAAGCUGGCGGGUACGCCGGAGAGAAUGGCGACGAGCAGUCAGCAAGGAGCUGGAUCGUCAGUGCUUCGCCAUCUUCCGGGCACCCAACAUCGCUCCAUACGUAGAAACUGUCACAGUUGCUCUCACGGACUUUGCUACGGAUGGACUACCUCUGUUUGCUCACGUGCUGAGUUUACUGCCAAAUUUGAAGACGCUGCACAUCGUACACCUCGCAUACGACUGCUAUAAUCUUCUCAAUGUCUUCGACAAGUUGAGAUUGCCGACGGUGAAGACAAUGGUGCUGCCUGUGGUUCCCCUCUCAGCUGGUGCGCUGCUCAAGAGCUGCCCCAAUGUCGAACACUUCGUAUGUAAUACCCAGAGCGACGCCGCGCACUCGCGCCGCAUGGAUAGCUCGUUCCUCGUCUUGGUUCGGGAUAGCUGGCCAAGGUUGAGGUCCUUGCGUGGGUUUCCUAUCGCGGAGGCGGAUGAAAUGGCUUCUUUGCUUGCGCGAUGUACCCAGCUGGAACAUCUGUGGAUCCGGAUUGAGAAUACCACCGACCUCGUUAGCGAUCCGCAAGAUCAGACUCUCCGCUACCCUACUAUCAUAAGCCACCUUCGGGGCGCACACUUCCUCCGCUCAGUGCGGAUUGACUUUCGUUCUACGAGCGUCGACGUAAUUCUCGCAACAUUAACCGCAGUGAAACCAAUGCUCAGCGGCCCUCUCCUUCUGCGAGAACCACGGCUGGACGUUUACCUACCUCCGAUCCUGCUCGAGGACGCGAUCACCCGCAUACGCGCCGUUCUCCCUCCCGACUCGCGUGCCCAAGUAACAACCCCAUAA